AUGGGUGACGGCAUACAAGCAGUCGUCGACUAUCAUCGCAAUGGACUCGUCGUACGUCGGGAAUUGACGUCAAUUUGGGAGACAAUCGGUUCACCAGUUUUUCAGCAGUUGUUUGAACACUUGGCCCGAAAGGGACGCCUAAUCAAUAUCGGCGCCACUUCUGGCUAUACUAGUGUCGGAUACGCGACCAUCAAAAUCGAUGACUUUAUUGUCAAGCUCCAUUACAGCGCCCGCACUGUCAUAGGAUUCCUGACCUUUGAUUAUAAACACAAAUUCGAGGAAUACUCGAAACAAUUGUCUGAAUAUUAUGUGAAAAAUAAACUCAAAAUUAAAGUCGAUUUCGGGGUUAAUGUGGGCGAAGGUCUCGAAGCCGUUUCCAAUGGC